AAUGCUAGACUCCCUGCUUAAUUACACUACCAAGUGGGGCCUAACUGUUAACACUUCCAAGACAAAGAUUGUUGUUUUUAGAAAUGGGGGAAAAUUGAAAGAUAAUGAAAAUUGGAAAUAUGAUGGGUGUGUUUUAGAGAUAGUGAAUGAAUUCAACUAUCUAGGAGUUUUAUUGAAUUAUAAUGGAAAAUUUAAACAAACACAGAAAAAAAUAUCUGAACAAGGUCGAAAAGCAUUAUUUGCAUUAAUGAGGGUAUGUAAGAAACAGUAUUUUAAUAUUGAGACUCAAUUAGCAGUGUUUGAUACAUAUGUCAGUAGCAUAGUCAAUUAUGGUUCAGAAAUAUGGGGAUUCCAUAAAGGCUCUGAUAUCGAAAAACUUCAUAUCAAUUUUUGUAAAAGGUUGUUAGGUGUGCGCAAAUCUACUCCAAAUAUGAUGGUAUAUUUCGAAUUAGGCCGUUAUCCAUUGUACAUAACAAGGAAACUUAGAAUUUUUAAAUAUUGGUUUAAAUUGCUCAAUACUGAAAAUUGUAUAUUGAAAUCGUGUUAUGAAAAUAUGCUCCUAUUUAAGGACCAAUGGGUCUGUGAAAUCAAAGAUGAUUUGAAUCGCUUAGGCUUAGGUUAUAUUUGGGACGCCCAGAAUGGAAACGAUUUUACUUUUAAUCAAAAUGGAUAUAGUGCUAUUAUAGAUAUGUCGAAAGGUUUGCUUUACAGGGAAUUAAAUGAUAAAAUUCUAUUACAAUCGUAUCUAACAAAAUCAGUUAAUAUCAGCUAUACGAAAGAAAUUGCUCGGCUCAGACUGUCAGCUCACAAGUUGAAUAUUGAAUCUGGGCGAUAUGUUAGCAUUGAUAGAAGUAAAAGAGUUUGUACUCUAUGUAAUCUUAAUGAUAUAGAAGACGAAUUUCAUUUUGUUUUAGUUUGUACUAGGUAUUCUGAUUUAAGACAGAAGUAUUUAAAAUAUUAUUAUAAAAAUAAUCCAAGUGUAUAUAAGCUUACUCAAUUACUUAAUACAAAUAAUGUUAAAGACUUGUGUAAUCUUGGGAAAUAUCUGUUAGCGGCAAAUAAGUGCCGAUCACAAGCAUGAGAUAUAUAUAUAUAUUGUAAUAAUAAUAUUGAUUGAUGUUACUAUUAUAUUAUAUUAUUGCUUUGUUCAUUCUCCUGUGGCCAAUUUAACAUUUUGUAUAUAUGUAAAUAUCCUGUAUAUCAUAUGUUUACA